AUGGACGGCAAGGUCUUGCCUCCACAACAUCAAGUUUUCAUCAAUUUCCGCGGAGAUGAGCUUCGCAACAACUUCAUCAGCCAUCUCGUGGAUGCCUUUCAAAGGAAUAGGAUAAACAUUUUUACAGACAAGCAGGAGAAAAAAGGGGAAAAUAUAAGCAAUCUUUUCAAAAGGAUCGAGGAGUCGAAGAUCGCGCUAGCCGUAUUAUCCAAAAGCAGUCUAGAAGAGGAGUGCUACCGAUCUAAUCAACCUAAUAAUAUUGAUAGAUGGAAAGAGGCGUUGGUGUCUGUUUCCGGUAAGAUUGGGUUGACAUUCCAUCAUGAUGAUAAAAGCCACCAACCAAACUUUUUUCAGAUUCGCCGCUCCGUCCUUCUCCUCUCCAUCAAGGAGGCGUUUUCUUCUCCUUCAUCUUUUCUUCUUUCCGCUCUUUGCGUUAUCCACUGUGGCUCUCUUUCCAGCGGCGUCGCUUAUUCAGCUUUUGAGUCUCUAUUUGAACUCGGUGGUGUCGUUCUCCGGCGUUCCUGCGUGGUGGCUUGA